AUGAAGUCCGGCAGCCUCAUCAUCUUCCUGGUGAUAUUUGCCUUUGGAUUCCUGAUGCCCUGGGCUGUGGAAGGGGCUCCCAAAAACAAAGGCAAACCUGGAGCCUGUCCUUUCAUACGCCCUGCGAUGUGCCUUGUAUAUGAACCCCCUGAAUGCCACAGUGACUGGCAGUGUCCGAAGAGGCAGAAAUGCUGCCAGGAUGUUUGUGGCAUCAAAUGCAUGGAUCCUGUAGGCACGUCAAAGCCAGUUAAAGUCACUCCCGGGAAGUGUCCAGUGGUUACCGGCCGCUGUGAGAGGCCCAACCCUGUAAACGACUGCCAGAACGACAGCCACUGCCUGAAUGGUUUCAAGUGCUGCAGGGGUCUGUGUGGGAAUUCAUGCGUCCUGCCGUUGAAAGAUUCAUCCUUUCCAGGUCAAAAACAUUAG